UAAACCAGAAUUAACAAGUGUUUUAAAAUUUGCAACUAUUAGGAAUUCAUCAAGCAUAAUGAGUUUUGAUGAUGAUACUAUUAAUGCAGGUGAUAAAGAAUAUUUAGAAAGUAAAUCUUCUGUAAAGCAAGAGAAAAAAAGAACUAGAAAAGAAACAAAAGAAGUUCAAGCUCAAGCAGAAGAUAAUAAUAAUCUUUAUAAUUUU